GAUACUCUCCCUAAUAAACUGAUACCCAUUAGCAGCCAUGUCGAAUCAAGCUCAGUUCCCCGCAUGAGUAAAUUCAGUCAAAUCGAACUCCAUUAAUCAAAAUAGAAGGUUCUUUAUUUAAACAGACUGUAAUUCCAAUGGUAAAGAAGAAGAAGAAGGAAAAAACUUCCUCAGCAAUUACAAUUAGGGCGAAUAGAAAACAUCCCCAUUGUUGAUUAGUCCAUUACCGACGACAACGAUCAAGAAAUUUCGUGUAUAUCUUUCUUCAAACCUCAUUGAAAGAGAAGGAAAAGAGGAUAUUAUCCAAACCCUAGUUUUCCACAACCUCACGUAAGGGCUCACUUUAAGAUAACUGAAUUAAGGAAUCAUGGAUUAUACGCGACCCUCUAGUAAUUUUGAGGACAAUGGCGGAAUACCAGAGGAUUUGCGGUGUAAAAGAUCAGAUGGGAAGCAAUGGAGAUGUAGUGCACUGUCUAUGCCGGACAAGACUGUAUGUGAAAAGCACUAUAUUCAAGCAAAGAAGAGAGCUGCAAAUUCUGCGCUGCGAGCUAAUAUGAAGAAAGCCAAGAGAAAUCUAGAUAGUGAUGGUUAUAUGGAUAGUAGAAAUGAUGAAGAUGACACUCCGAUGAGCUUAAAAGGUGGAGAGUUUUCCUCUUCUCCUGUAAUGUACAACAAGAAGGUCCCUAGACCACAGUAUUCUCCUGAAUCAUCUCCAUUGAGGAUUGCACUUAUCCAUAAUCCUAUAAGGUUGAAUGAUGAGUUACAAAGAGAUCUUGGACUGUUUGACGAGAAUCGCAGCACUAUGUAUACUUCACCAACCCCUUCUGCUGUGGAAUCAUCAAGGAGCAAAACUCUGAAUAACUUUGAUGCUAAUGCUUUGCCGGAAAACUCUGAUGGAAGCACGGAUUCUUCUUAUGGUGAGGGCAGACUAACUUGCCAUCAGUUCCGAAAGAAUGAUACAUCUAGAGUUGUUUGGUGUUCGAAAUGUGAUAAGAGAGGUUACUGUGACGAAUGCGCAUCUAAAUGGUACCCUGACAUCCUGUUGGAAGAAAUUCAAAAGGCAUGUCCUGCAUGUCGUGGAACGUGCAAUUGCAGGGUGUGCUUACGAGGAGAUAAUAUGAUGAAGGUUAAGAUACAGGAGAUAGGUGGCCCAGAUAAGUUGCAACAUCUCUAUUGCCUCUUAUCUUCAAUUUCUCCUGUAAUCAAGCAGAUACACUCUGACCAGUGUCUUGAACUGGAGUUGGACGCCAAGGUUCAUGGUCCAGGAACUAAAGUGGAUAUUCCCAGGGCAAAGGUGAAUGCAGAUGAGCAGAUGUGCUGCAAUUGCUGUAGGAUGCCGAUCAUCGAUUAUCACCGGCACUGUACAAACUGCUUGUAUGAUCUAUGCCUUACAUGUUGUCGGGAUCUCCGGCAAGAGUCUCUUACUACAGUGAAUGUUGAAUCAACGGAACCACAGAUUUCGGAUAGAACCCAGGAAGGAGCAGUUGUGGUAGAGCAACAAAUUUCUUUGGAGAUGAGAAAGAAGUUUGCGGAACGUUUUCCUGGUUGGAAAGCCAAUACCGUCGGUGCUAUCCCAUGCCCACCAAAAGAGUCUGGUGGCUGUGGUUCCCCAUCAUUAGCCCUAAGACGUAUCUUCAAGAUGAAUUGGGUUGCAAAGUUGGUGAAAAAUGUUGAGGAAAUGGUUAGUGGAUGCAAGGAAUAUGAUGACAGUCAGCAACCUUUUCCAUCACAUGACUCUAAGCUGUGCCAGUUUGCACACAGAGAAGAGGCAGACGAUAAUUACCUUUAUUGCCCAGUAUCUGAAGAUAUCAAGCUUGAAGGGAUUGGCCCUUUUCAAAAACAUUGGGUCAAGGGUGAACCUGUUAUUGUGAAGGAGGUCUGUGAUUGCACCUCAAGUUCAAGUUGGGAUCCAAUGAUUAUAUGGAGAGGAAUUCGGGAGAAUGCAGAUGAGAAAGCGAAAGAUGAAAACAGAAUCGUGAAGGCCAUAGAUUGCUUAGACUAUUCUGAGGUUGAUAUUGAACUUGGUCAAUUCAUCAAAGGAUAUUCAGAGGGUAGAAUCCAUGAAAAUGGUUGGCCUGAAAUGUUGAAACUGAAGGAUUGGCCAUCUCCCAGUGCUUCUGAGGAGUUUUUGCUGUGCCAGAGACCUGAAUUUAUCAGUAAACUUCCACUGCUCGAGUAUAUCCAUUCCAAGUGGGGUCUCUUAAAUGUUGCUGCAAAGCUACCUCAUUAUUCAUUACAGAAUGAUGUAGGACCAAAAAUAUUCAUUUCUUAUGGGUCAUAUGAAGAACUUGGUAGAGGUGAUUCGGUGACCAAUCUCCACGGCAAUAUGCGGGACAUGGUAUACUUGUUGAUGCAUACUUUGGAAGUGAAACUGAAAGGUUGGCAGCGGACUAAAAUUGAAAAGUUACAGAAAACUUUUAGAGAAUCAGAGGCCAAUACAUCAGAUGGAGAUGUACAAGCUAAUUAUGGUGAGGUGGGAAAAUCACCUGAUUUCUCCCCCGAUGAGCUUGUUAAACAAAAUGAAGGUAUUGCUGGGUUAACCACAAGUAAAGAUAAGAUCAUGGAGAAUGAAGCAGUAAAUACGUCUGGGUUAACCACAAUUAAAGAUGAGAUCAUGGAGGAAGAAGCAGUGAAUAGUGCUGGGUUAACCACAAGGAAAGAUGAGAUCAUGGAGGAUCAAGUAGUAAACGGGAUCGAAGCGACUUCUGGUGGUGAGAGGAAGGAAGAUGCUGAAUAUGUAGCAUCAGAAGAUGCUCCUGUUGGAGCCAUUUGGGAUGUUUUCCGCCGCCAGGAUGUCCCAAAGCUGAUUGAGUAUUUAAGAGUCCAUGAGAAGGAGUUUAAGAAGUCUACUAAUCUCCCAACUGAUUCGGUCAUGAACCCACUUUAUGAUCAAGUUAUAUUCCUGAACAGAGAUCAUAAAAGAAAACUAAAGGAGGAAGUUGGUAUAGAGCCAUGGACAUUUGAACAACGGUUAGGAGAGGCCGUCUUCGUUCCUGCUGGAUGUCCUUUCCAAGUGAGGUAUCUUCAGUCUUCAGUCCAUUUGGCCCUUGAUUUUCUGUCUCCUGAAAGCUUAGGGGAGUCUAUAAGAUUGGCUGAAGAAAUCCGCUAUCUUCCGAACGACCAUGGAGCGAAGUUCCAGAUGCUAGAGGUGGGAAAGAUGUCACUAUAUGCAGCUAGUUCUGCCAUUAGAGAAGUCGAAAAAUUGGCACUUGACCCCAAGGCUGGUCUUGGAUUUGAAGAUCCAAAUUUAACUGCAUUGGUCUCAGAGAAUUUGGAGAAAAUGAUUAGACGGAGGCAGCAGAUUGCAUGUAUUUGAACUUUCAGAAAUGGAGAACUCUUUUUUUUUUUUUUUGAUCGAUCUGAAAUGUAUAAUUCUUAAUUGCAUUUCUAAGUAAAUCUACCUGUAAAAAGAUACAGUUUUAACAUUCAACUAAUGUAUCUCGUGCAUAUAUAUACACACUGUUAUUUUUUAUUUUAA